AUGAUGCAACAGCCAUUCUCUGCUUCCUCCUCAACCGCUGGCUUCUUCCAAGCUCUUCCGGUACUACCACCACAAUACACCAAUACAUCUUCCCUUCCAGAAGCUCUCCAGUCUCGAUAUCCGGACUCUUUGCAGGCCUCGGACGAUAAGGUCGUCGUGCGAAUAUUGGAUCUCUACUUACCACAAAAUGCAACGGAAGCAACCAAGCAUGUACACCAUCUAGCACGUCUAGCGUUGAAGCCAUCUAUCUUGAAGUAUGCCACGGACGCGGAGACGAAACAUCCGGUACUACGACCACUCUCUACAUUCGGUGCAGAGAACAAGAUUGAUCCUUUGUGGACGACGUCUGGGUGGCAGAACCUGAAAGAGAUUGGAUACCAAGAGGGGGUGGUCUCGGUGGCUUACGACAAAGCUCAUACCACCUUCAACAGGCGUGUGCAACAAUUUGUCGGAAACCAUGUAUGGAGCUCGACUGGUACCAUGACCGGGUGCCCUCAAAGCAUGACUGAUGGCGCUGCGACACUGUUAGGCAAGCACAAGAAUGAUUCUGACGGGGAUCAAUCAGGACGAGGCGAAGUACUAAGAGAAGCGUACGAUCGACUUUGCAGCCGCGACCCGGAUGUGGCUUGGACAAGUGGGCAAUGGAUGACGGAGCGAUCCGGUGGCAGUGAUGUAUCCGGCACAGAAACAUUUGCUGCACGUAUGACAUCGCAGGAACUGGCUGAAGAUAGAAAGAUGGGAAGAGACCGUGAUGCAGUCGGUAUGGAACUAGGCCCUUGGAGGAUACAUGGCUUCAAGUGGUUCAGCAGCGCAACAGACUCUGAGAUGGCUGUACUUCUUGCACGUACAGACAAAGGUGGCUUGUCGGCGUUCUACAUACCCAUGCGUCGAAGGGUGGGUACUCGAUCGCUGGAUUCCGAUUCUAUGAUUGGAGAAGCGCAGCCUCAAACUGAGCUCAAUGGUGUUCGCAUCCAGCGUCUGAAGGAUAAGCUAGGAACCAAAUCACUGCCAACUGCCGAGCUCGAACUGAAUGGUGCGCGCGGAUGGCUCAUCGGUACUGAAGGCCAAGGCGUCAAGGAAAUAUCCGCUAUCCUCAAUAUCACGCGAUUGCACACUGCAGGGGGCAGUGUUGCGAACUGGGGACGUGGUUUGGCUAUUUGCCGUGCCUAUAGCAAGGUACGCAAAGUUCGUGGUGGAUUACUCCAGACCAACCCUGCACAUCUGGCGUGGAUGGCUGGAGAGACGGUCAGAUACUGGGCUAAUACGCACUUCACGUACCUCGGUGUUGCCCUGCAAGGCGCCCUGGAACAAGAUUGGGACAAAAUGGUUGCAAACACGAAAGCAGCGAAGUUGAUACCAAAUGAUAACACUACGGUAGCGGCUUUGUUGAGAUUGCUGCUGCCUGCGAUGAAAGCCCAAGUCAGUGUGGCAUCCGUUCAUGGGUUACGGCAAUGUAUGGAAUGCCUCGGUGGUGUCGGAUACUGCGAAAACAACGAAGACGGCGGCUUGAUGAACAUUGCGAAGAUUUAUCGCGAUAAUCUCGUCAAUCCGAUAUGGGAAGGUACCGUCAGCGUUAUGGCUGAAGACGUCGUUCGAGUGCUUACUGACAAGCGGUUGGGCGAUGGUGAUAUCUUGAACAACGUGUUCGUGCCAUGGAUCAAAGACUUGCUCGACCAAUGUUCGUCUACCUUCCAUGAUCAGGUUUUAAUCGUCGAGGAUAUACUUCAGGCUCUCAACAAACUUAUCCAUAAUGCGCAGAAAGAAGAGCUCCUAUACCACGGACGAGAAAUUCUCGAACAUCUCAUGGUAAUCGUUAGUGGUGCCAUGUUGAUGUACGAUGCGCAAGCCAACCCAGAUGCUGUUGCACGAGAGAUUGCAGUACGAUGGAUUCGCAUGAAUGCACACUCUCCGCAAGAAUACGCACGCUCUCAGGAUUGGAAGAUUUCGUCAUGUAUGGACAAGCGUAUCUUUCUUGGAACGCCGGACGUCGACUUGGGAGUGUCAGCAAAACUCUAA